UUGAACUGCCCCAACACAGCUUCUCGGGGCACAUCGAGCGCCUGGACCGAGGACACCGCGCACUGAGUGUGGCCCCUACCCCUUUACCAUGGGGCUCCUCCGCCGGGACCGGCUGCUCCUCGUCUGCGCUCUCUCUGCCCUCCUGGCCGCCGACGUUUAUUUCCACCUGUGGCCAGAGCUGCAGCUGAGACUCAAAAGAAGUUGUGGAUGCAGUGAUCCGACUCCCAGUACAGACAGCACCUCUCCGGCCGCACAGCUCCAGGAGGGCACUGCGGGGGCCGCGGGCUCCAAACUCCAGCAGCUUCUGUCUCACCCUCUGUACCGGGCAAAGGGCACGGAAGCCCCGGAGCCGCUUCUGGACCCCCAGGAAGCCCUAAAGAGCUACAGGAGGAAGGUGGCCAACCUGAACAGGAGGCGGAGGGGACGCCGCGUUGCCGGUAAUCAGACCGUCUCCCUCCCGCCGGCCACGUUUGACCCGCGCGCUCCGUGGCUGCGGUUCCAUUUGGGGAUCAGGAAGGACGCUCUUUACCCGCGAUCCGGCCCCGCGCUGGACGGACUCCUGGAGCGCAUGAGAGACGCACCCAUAAUCCGCGCCGAUUACUCUCCCGAUGAGAAGGCUCUGAAUGGAGAAUGUGACUGCAGCCAAGUCGUGAAGCCGAGCGGAACUCACCUGAAGCUGGUGCUGCGGUUCCAAGACUUUGGGAAAGCCAUGUUCAAGCCGAUGAGGCAGAGCCGCGAGGACGAGACCCCCGAGGACUUCUUUUACUUCGUGGAUUAUCAGCGGCACAACGCGGAGAUCGCGGCUUUUCACCUGGACAGGGUCCUUGAUUUUCGGCGCGUGCCUCCGGUGGCCGGGCGCUUCGUUAACCUGACGAGGGACGUCUUACAGGUGACCACCGACGACGAGCUGGAAGGAGUUUUCUUCGUGUCACCAGCAAACAACGUGUGUUUCUUCGCCAAGUGCCUGUACGCGUGUAAGACGGAAUACGCCGCCUGCGGGAACCCGCACCUGCUGGAGGGCUCGCUCUCCGCCUUCCUGCCCUCUCUAAACGUGGCCCCCCGUCUCUCCGUCCCCAACCCCUGGAUCAGGUCCUACACUUUCACCGGGAAAGAGGAAUGGGAAAUUAACCCUUCGUACUGCGAGUUGGUGAAGCGAGUUCCUCCCUACAGCAACGGAACGCGGCUCCUGAACAUCGUGGAUCUGGCGAUUUUCGACUUCCUGAUCGGGAAUAUGGAUCGGCACCAUUACGAAAUAUUCACCAAGUUUGGAGAUGACGGAUUCCUCCUCCACAUUGAUAACGCACGAGGGUUUGGCCGCCAUUCCCACGAUGAACUGACCAUACUUGCCCCGCUGUACCAGUGCUGCCGGAUAAAAGAGGAGACCUGGUUACGGCUGAAGCUCCUCGCUUUGCCCGAGUACCGGCUCAGCGAUGUCAUGAGAGAGUCUCUGAGCCGCGACCGCCUGCUGCCGAUCCUCACGGAACCGCACUUGCUUGCGCUGGACCGACGGCUGCAGAAAGUGCUACGGGCGGUGGAUGAAUGCGCGCGGAUCCACGGAGAGAGCGCGGUGUUAAUAAAGAAGAGCGCACCGCGGACCCCGGCCACCGCACAACCGGAAACGGCGCGGACCUAGAGCUGCAGGAACAGGAGAGACUUUACGCCAUGCGCACAAACGCGAAGCGCGUGGCCGUGUUUACCGAGGAGCGGACGUACGCCCCGUCUAUAAACUCACCGGUGGAGGGACCCCCUGCUGCGGUCGGCCGAGACGACGGGAGUUUACGGUGCCGACGGCUACUGAAAUCGCUUGUAGUUGCCCUGGACAGCCUGCGGCAAACGGGACCACAAACCCUCUCAACAGGUUGGAUUUCCACGCGCUGCGGCCCCUCACAGCCGGGAAGAACUGUUAGUUACCCCAAACACCGAGGGCCUUUUUCUCACCCACCAUACUUUAUUAUCGCUUUCUUAUGAAAAAUUCCCUUUACCUCCAUAUUAACCCCCCGCGUGCCAAAGACUGUGCUACUGCCUGGAGACCUCAGACACAUAAGAGGUCGUCCCACCAUAAAGUGCGUUUGUUUCUGCCGGAUGCCUUAAGCUGGGAGUCGGGGAACUCGGGAUCAUCAACCUUGCGGACUUUAAUAAAAUUCUGCGAUGAUUGACAUAUAAA